AUGUUCUUCCACCAGAUUUAUGUGGCGCUCCUGGGCCUGUGUUGUUGCCUCUCCACAUCAACAGCUAGCGUUUCUUACCCCAAAACCCUGCCAUGUGAUGUCAGCGAGGCCAACAACGGGAGCGUGGUGACGGUAGACUGCACAGAGAGGAGCCUCAAAGACAUCCCCCGUGGCAUCCCCAGAGACACUACCAACCUGACGCUCACCAUCAACCAUAUUCCUAAAUUAAACUCCACCUCCUUUCGCGGUCUGGAGAACCUGACUGAGAUUGACAUGAGGUGCAACUGUGUGCCCAUUAAAAUUGGGCCCAAGGACCGCAUGUGCAAUGAGAGUGUGAUAAUAGAGGAAAACACCUUUACCAGCCUGACAAACCUGCGAGCACUGUAUCUAGAUGGUAAUCAGCUCUCUAGUAUACCUAAAGGCCUGCCUCCAAAUCUGAUCCUGCUGAGUUUGGAAGUGAAUCACAUUUAUAACAUUUCUAAAGCAAACCUCUCUGACAUCAGAAAUAUUGAGGUGCUUUACCUCGGUCAAAACUGCUAUUACCGUAACCCAUGUGAUAAUAACUAUACUAUAGAGGACGAUGCAUUUUUACAGCUUAACAAUUUAAAACUGUUGAGUCUUAAAUCAAACAACUUAUCCUUUAUUCCACAUCAACUUCCCACAAGUCUGAAGGAAUUGUACCUUUACAACAACAAAAUCCAAGAAGUUACUGACGAGGAUUUCAAAAACUUAACUAACCUUGAGAUUCUAGAUAUUAGCGGAAACUGUCCUAGAUGUUACAACGCUCCUUUCCCAUGCAUCCCGUGCCCAAAUGAUUCCCCUAUGAAAAUCAGCAGGGAUGCUUUUAAAAUGUUGACAAAACUAAAGACGCUCCGCCUGCACAGCAACUCCCUGAAAUGCGUGCUGCCUAAGUGGUUCAUCAACAUGUCAGACCUGAGAGUUCUCGAUCUCUCGUCAAACUUUUUAGCAACAGAUAUAGGAUACACAAUCUUCCCACAAUUCCUGGGCAAACUGGAAGAACUGGAUCUUUCAUUUAACUACGAGCUUCAAAGGUACCCUCAAACGCUGAGGCUGAACUGCAGUUUCUCCUUACUCAAAUCCCUUCGAAUUCUCAGACUAAAGGGCUAUGUGUUUCAGCAGCUGAAGCCAGAGAGCAUUGCUCCUUUGAUAAAGCUCACAAAGCUGGAGGUUGUAGAUCUGGGGACAAACUUUAUUAAAAUGGCAAACCUCAGUAUUCUGAUGGAGUUAAAGAGCUUUAAAAUAAUCAGCCUGUCUGACAACAAAAUAUCCUCCCCCUCUGACAGCCAAGAUGCUGUUGGUUUCUCUGGGGGAGAGCCCUUGCACUGGUCUCCCAUGUCGGCUGCAGCUCAGUACGGAAAUAAGGAAGUGAGAGAGAUUCACUACUUCAGAUAUGAUGAAUAUGCACGCAGCUGCAAGUACAAAUACAAAGAACUUGGAACUGUCACAUCCUUUGUCAACAAGAAAUGCAGUGAGUUUGGAAAAACCCUGGAUGUGAGCAGGAACAACAUAUUCUUCUUGCAUUCGAGAUUUUUAAAUCUAACAGAGCUGAGAUGCCUCAAUCUGUCUGGAAAUGCAAUGAGCCAAAGCCUUAAUGGCUCUGAAUUUACUUAUCUGACUAAUUUAAAAUAUUUAGACUUCUCCUGGAAUCGGCUGGACCUGCUCUACUCAACUGCGUUUCAAGAGCUGAAAAAUCUAGUUGUCUUGGAUAUAAGUAACAACAACCAUUACUUUGAGUCCGAGGGCUUGACUCACAUGCUUAACUUCACUAGCAAUUUGAAAAAGCUCAAGAUAUUGCGCAUGAACCACAACAAGAUCUCUACUUCCACCAAUACAGAGCUGGAGAGUCAAUCUCUAGAGAGGUUAGAGUUCAGAGAUAACCGGUUAGAUAUGUUGUGGAGAGACGGGGACACCAGGUAUAUCAAUUAUUUUAAGAAAUUAAUUAAUCUGUCUGUCCUUGACAUCUCUCAUAACAACCUCAAUUUUAUUCCGCCGGGAGUGUUCAGCGGUCUGCCGGACAAACUGUCUGAGCUCUACAUCAAAAACAACAAACUAAAAGAUGGAUCCUUUGAUUGGAAGAAACUACAACUUAUACAGUCUUUGGAGGUCUUAGAUCUCAGUGGCAACAUCUUAACUACUGUUCCAGCCAUGCUGUCAACAACCUGUCCCAAAUCUCUCAAAAAGCUUCUUUUACAGAAAAACCAGAUUGCGGAACUCACCCCAGAUUUCCUUAAGGAUGCUUUCCACUUAAAAUAUCUUGAUCUUAGUUUUAAUCACAUACAACACAUUGUCAAAUCUAGCUUUCCAGAUGAUGUCAUGGAUCAGAUGGACAUGCUGCUUCUGCACAACAACCCAUUCCUGUGCACUUGCAACGCCACUUGGUUUAUCAAGUGGCUCAACAGCACCACAGUCACCAUCCCUAAACUGGCCACGGAUGUUACUUGCGCUAGUCCAGAGGCGCAAAAAGGUCAUCUUGUGAUCUCGGUGGACCUGUUGGCCUGCCAGUACAACUACCUGUCAAUCAUCCUCUACACCCUCAUGACUACCCUCGUCCUCAGCUUCCUCACCCUAUCAAUCUCCAGCCAUCUCUUCCUGUGGGACGUCUGGUACAUCUACCACUUCUGCAGGGCAAAGCUCAAAGGUUACGGCCGCCUGUACUCCCAAAGCUCAGCCUAUGAUGCCUUUGUGAUAUACGACAAGGAGGAUGCUGCGGUGUCAGAGUGGGUGAUGAAGGAAAUGUGCCCUCAUCUUGAGGACAGCGGAGACCGUCAGCUCACAUUGUGUCUAGAGGAACGGGACUGGAUUCCCGGAUGCCCCCUGAUAGACAACCUCUCCAGGAGCAUCAACAACAGCAAGAGGACCGUGUUCAUUCUCACCAACAGGUAUCUCAAAAGCGGCAACUUCAAGACGGCUUUCUACAUGGCCCACCAGAGGCUAAUGGAUGAAAAAGAUGACGUUAUCAUAUUGAUCUUCUUGGAGAAAGUACCUUGCAAUUCAAAGUACCUGAGAUUACGGAAGAGACUGUACAAGCGCUCUGUGCUGGAUUGGCCAACAAACCCUCAAGCCCAGUUGUACUUCUGGUUCAGCCUAAGAAGUGUAUUAGCAACUGAGAGUCACAAACAAUACAACAACCUCUUCAAAGAAACACUGUAAUGACAAUGAAUUGUCAUACUUAGUUCCUCCUUCCUUUAGCACUGCUCUAAAUGUACUUCUGUAUGUGAAUAACAAUGUGUGAACUUUGAGCAACCCAUUUAAAUGUAAGAAAAAGAAUAUUACUGUAAUUUCAAUGGCUUAUUGUGUGCUAAUUUUAGAUUCCCUGUUUACUGUCACUCAAAGGGGAACUGGCUGCCACUCUUUGCCAUCUCCACAGAUAAUUCUAAUUUUCACUUUGUCUGAGAUGGCAACAAAACUGCCAUCAUAUGAAAAGGGGAAAUGAAAGAAAUGCACUUCUUCAAUUCACAUGCUACUUCUGUCCCAGAGCCUUGUUCUGAGAAGUUUGUUGCAGUUUGUUGCUUUCGUUGGACUUCAGUAACGGGGGGGAUUUUUAAAAAAGUUUGCUGUAUUUUCAAGAUUAAGAAAACAGAGAUUGAGUGGGGGGAUAUUUUGACUUGUGGAGACUUGUUGACACUCAAGACACAGACAGUUUUUUACAUAUACUCCAUUUUCAGUUUUACUCAAAGGCAAAGUGCCAUAAAAGUCAUCUCUUUUUUCAAGGUUGUCAUUGAAGAAUCAACAGUGCUUGCACAAUGGUGAGUUUUAUUGAUACAAGUUUUUCUGUAUAUUUUAAUUUUUUUGCUCAAUGUACGACAGAGAUUACAUUUAUCUGCUGGAAGUCAGAUGUUUUACUCGUCAGAUUUCUGCAUGUGCUUUUUGACUGGAUGUAUUUGUAAUAUAAUCUGUAAUGAUUUUGUGCUUCCUUGAUGAACUUUGCGGCACUAGUGCUACUUGGUGUAACUGUGUAUACACAUACAUUUAUUUGACUCUGAAAACUCAUUGAAAACUGUUGUGCAUUUUUGAUAAUGUAGUGUUCUUUAGUAAAUACAGUGCAUUAAAGUUUACUCCAGAG